CGGAGGUCUCGGGUGCCGGGCUGCCUUGCAGCCGUCUUUGUUUCCCUUGCUGUUUUCAAGGGCUAACUGCGGAGCUGCCGUCGGGGCGAUGGACGGCAGCGCGGCUCCGGGGCAGGUGAUGCUGCCGGCCUGGGAAAUGGCCACCUACCUGGUCCUUACAGUUGGCUCCCACUUCUAUUCUUUCUAUGAAGUGCACCGAGUUUCGCAAAAAUAUGAAGGUGAAAUUGACAGAAACUUUGGACUGGAACAAGGGACUCUGUUUUGGGGCCUUAAAAAGGAUCCCCUGGACUUUGAGUGGAGCUACUGGGUUGAAUGGGGAAGGGAACGUAUCCUGUGGCUUCUGGCUGGUCAUCUGCUGGUAUCACAAAUGUGCAGGCUCUUUGUGGAGAAGUAUAAACCAUGGUGCUUGAUGGUGUAUGGAAUGGCUGCCUGCUGGUUUUUAUUAGGAAUCAAGGGCUUUGCGGUCAUCUUGUUAUACGCAGCUAUUUCGUUUGCUGUGGCUCAGUUUCAGAUCUCGCUCCUGACGUGGAUGUGCUCUCUUGUCCUGUUAUCCACUUUACACAUACCAGCUGUGGAAGAAGCCAAGCGAAAGUGGUACGACACUGAAAAUGAGUAUUACCUGCUUCUCUUCACGGUGUCUGUCCGUUGCCUCUUCUACACAAGUUUCAGCCUGGAAUACUGCUGGCACGAACCUGCCCAGAAAUCGUCGCAUUCGUUCCUGUGGAUGCUGGCAUACGUGUUUUACUAUCCCUUGUUCCACAAUGGACCUCUUAUGAACUUUGAUGAAUUUAGUAAGCAGAUGAGGAAACAAGAAGCCUUCAGUUUGAAGAGCAAUGUUGGCAUCUUAAUCGUGGGCAUAAUUCGUAUUUUCUUUUGGUGGUGCUUGGCUGAGCUAAUGAUACACCUCAUGUAUAUCCACGCUAUCUGCAGCAGUUCUUCACCUUUGGAAGCUGUGUCAUACUGGGCCUUAGGUGGCCUGGCUUUAGCUCAAGUAUUAUUUUUUUAUGUGAAGUACCUGGUUCUGUACGGUGUUCCUGCCCUCCUCCUUCGAAUGGAUGGACUCAAACCUCCAGCUCUUCCUUGCUGUGUGAGCCUGAUGCACAGUUUCACUAAAAUGUGGAGAAGUUUUGAUGUUGGGCUCCAUCGCUUUCUGGUCAGGUACAUUUAUGUUCCCAUGGGAGGAUCUCAGUCCAGUCUGCCAGGAAUGCUUUUUUCCACAGCCCUCACUUUUGCCUUUGUAAGCUAUUGGCACGGAGGACAGAGCUAUCUGUGGUACUGGGGAGCGCUUAAUUGUCUUGGAGUAAUUGUGGAAAAUGGCAUCAAGAGGAUACUUUCUUUUUCACUUAUUCGAAACUUAAUUGAGCAUUUCUUCUCGCCAAGAAUUCGUCGUCGACUUCAUGCCGUCCUAGCAUCUGUUUGCACUUCGAUGUUGAUUUUAUCGAAUCUAAUAUUUCUUGGGGGAAAUCAUGUUGGAAAAAUCUACUGGAACAGGAUCUUUAUGGAAGGCUGGCCAUGGGCAACACUGACUGUUCUCGGAUUCCUGUACUGCUAUUCUCACGUGGGAAUCGAAUGGGAAGGCACGUACGCUGUGAAUUAGGGGUGACAGAGAGCGACGAGCUUCAUGGUAGCUUACACAUCGAUGGUCUUCUACACUGGACGUCUCACCUGCAGAACAAUGUGCCAGACCAAGUAUUUGAUCAAUGUGUUAAAACUAAAAGCUCAUUUAGUUCCUUCUGGAUGGUGAAUUCAGGAAUUUAACCAGAAACACUAAUGGGCUCUAUAAGAAGGGUGGGGAGAAAUUAUGAAGCAUGGGAGAAAUUAUGAAGCAUUUUGAAUGAUGUUAUUUUUAUAAAACAGCAAGUCUGUGACUGUACACUGACAGCGUGCACCUCAGAAUAUGUAUUUCACAUAUGAUAAAGACUGUUUUUAUUUCUUCCAA